GAUGAGCAGAUCAUCGGAGGAGGAGGAGGAGGAAGAGGAGGAGGUAGAGGAAGAUGAAGAGGAUGAAGAGGAAAUCUACAAAAAGAAGAGGAAAUUGAGGAGGGCUUCCUCAGAAGAGACCAGUGAGGGUAGCAGUGAGGAGAGGAAAAAGAAGAAGAAGAAGAAAAAGAAGAAAGAGUUCAGUGACAGUGAAGAGGAUGACUAUGACCGAAAGAAGAAGAAGAAGAAAAAGAAGAAGAAGAAGGGGAAAAAGUCCAAGAGCAAAGACAAGAAGAAGAAGAAAAAGAACGAGGAGAAUUUUGCAGAGAUGUAUGAACAGGAACUUCGGAAUUAUCACUCUGAAUCUUCCCAUGAAACUGAGGAUGAAUAUAACAAGAAAAAAGUCUAUGAAGUGGUGACAGUGACAGGAGAUGUCCGAGGAGCUGGAACGGAUGCCAACGUUUUCGUCACUCUCUUUGGUGAAUUUGGCAUCACGCCAAAGGCCCAUCUGACCAGCAAGAGCAGCUCUGCCUUCGAAAGGAGCAAAACAGACGUCUUUCGAGUGCGAACCAACAACGUUGGCACCAUAAAGAAGAUAAGAAUCGAACAUGACAACACGGGGAUGAAUGCCAGCUGGUUCCUGGACCGCGUGAUAGUGACGGACAUGAACAGGCCCCACCUCCGCUUUUAUUUCCCAUGCAACAAUUGGCUGAGCAGGGAUGAUGGGGACGGACUUUAUGUCAGAGAUCUGAUUGGCAGUCUCAACCCCAUGGACGUUCCCAAAGUCAACAAGUACGUGGUCAGCGUGUUCACAGGAGAUAUAAGUGGCAGCGGGACAGAUGCUGAUGUCUUCAUUAACAUCUUUGGCCAGUAUGGAGACACAGGGGAGCGGAAGCUGGACAAUGACAAGGACAAUUUUGAAAAGGGUGCAGAAGACAAGUUCACCCUUGAUGCGCCCAAUCUGGGCAAGUUAAGGAAAAUCACCAUCGGACACAAUAACAAGGGAGGCUCAGCCGGCUGGUUCCUGGCCAAGGUGGUCAUUGAAGACAUUGGAAACAAGUGCAUGUACGAAUUCCCGUGUGGCCGUUGGUUUGCGCUGGACGAAGAUGAUGGCAAAAUCCAGCGAGACAUUUUGGUGGGAGGAACAGAAGCGACAGGGAUCGUUUAUAACGUUGCUGUUGUAACAGGAGACAUCAGAGGAGCUGGUACAAACUCCAAGAUCCACAUCGUCAUGCAUGGCUCCAAAGGGCUGAAAAACAGUGGGAAAAUAUUCCUGGAAGGCGGCGAAUUCGAGCGUGCCCGGUCAGACCUUUUCAACGUCGAGAUCGCUGCUCUUCUUAGUCCCCUGAGUCGCGUCUCCAUCGGGCAUGAUAACGCGGGCGUCAGCUCUGGCUGGUAUUGCGAGAAGGUGGUGGUGUAUUGUCCAUUUACAGGGAUUGAACAAACCUUCCCCUGUGGGAAGUGGCUAGAUGAGGAUGAAGGAGACGGACUGGUUGAACGGGAACUCUAUGAAAUGGUCUCGCUGCGUCAGAAGAGACUGAAAAAAAAUCCUUGGUCUCUGUGGAUCUGGACAAGUGACAUUAAGGGUGCAGGGACUGACGCCCCCAUCUUCCUCCAGAUUUAUGGUAAAAAAGGAAAGUCGGACGAGAUGAAACUGGACAAUAAUUCUGAUAACUUUGAAGCUGGACAAAUUGACAAAUUCAUGAUUGAGCUCCCAGACCUAGGAGCAAUGUACAAAAUCCGGAUAUGGCAUGAGAAACGGAGCCCGUUUGCUGGUUGGCACCUGCACAAGGUGACUCUUUUGAAAACCCUGACCAAAGAGAAGUACACGUUCAACUGCGGCCGUUGGCUGGAUAUAAAUGAAGAUGAUAACGAGAUUGUGCGGGAACUCGCUGCUGAAGGCCCCCUGGUCACUGAAGUGGAACCAGUGAUUAAGUACCGGGUGACGGUCUACACAGGGACAGUGAGUGGAAGUGGGACAGAUGCCAAUGUCUUCGCUUGUCUCAUCGGGGAACAGGGAGACACGGGGGACCGCGUCCUACAGAACAGCGUGAACACCGUCAAUAAGUUUGAGAAGGGCAGCGCUGAUGAGUUCAUCAUUGAAGCAGUCAACCUGAAGCAGGUGAGGAGGGUGAGAAUAGGGCACGAUGGCAAAGGAGGAAGCAGCGGCUGGUACCUUGGCAAAGUGAUAGUGAAGGAAGACGGACAGCCAGAAUGUGAGGCCCAAGAAUUCCCCUGCUACAGAUGGCUUGACAAAAAUGAGGACGAUGGACAAAUUGUUCGGGAGUUAGUUCCAGAUGGGAGAUCGUCUCUCCUGGAAAAUGUUGGUUACCACAUCAGCAUAAAGACAGGAGACAUCCCUGGAGCCAGCUCAGACUCAAAGGUUUUGAUCAAGCUCUAUGGAGAGAAAGGAGACACGAAAAAGGAGUUUCUUUUGGUUUCGGAUAAUGAUUUAGGCAACUACUUUGAACGUGGUCGGAUAGAUAUCUUUACGCUUGAUACGAUGGACAUUGGGAAGAUCCAGCGGCUUCUCAUUGGACAUGACAAUGUUGGCCUCCGAGCUGGCUGGCACCUGGCCAGUGUUCAGAUCAACAUCCCAGUGCAUGGCAAGAUGUACAACUUCCCUUGCAACCGGUGGCUUGAUAAAAAUGAAGCUGAUGGCAAGGUAGAAAUUGAGGUCUACCCCAGUGAGAUCAUGACGAUCGAGAAAUUGAUAAAUUACGAGGUGUGCAUCGUGACUGGUGACGUGCGCAACGCAGGCACCAACGCCAACGUUUUCAUGCAGGUCUAUGGCGACCUGGGCAAAACAGAGGUGCUGAUUCUGAAAAACAGGUCAAAUAACUAUGAGAGAGGAGCAUCGGAAACCUUCAAGAUAGAAGCUGCAGACGUUGGCAAGCUCUACAAGAUCCGCAUUGGCCAUGAUGGGUCAGGCAUUGGGGACGGCUGGUUCCUGGAAAGUGUCACACUCAAGAAGAUGGCUACGAAGAUAAAGGAGAGGAGGAGGAAGAAGAAAUCCACUCAAGAGGAGGAAGUGGAGGACCCUAACAAGCCAGGCGUCAUGGAGGUUUAUGAGUUCACACCCCAUCGCUGGCUGGCAAGUGACGAAGAAGACAAGGAACUGGUCACAGAACUGAUCCCGGAGGAUGGAUCUCAACUUGAAGCGAACAGCUAUGAGGUCCACGUCAUCACUGGGAUCGUCUGGGGAGCUGGGACUGAUGCCAAUGUUUACCUGAGCAUCUAUGGUGAAAGAGGAGACACUGGGGAGAGACAUUUGAAGCGCUCAAACCACAUAAACAAAUUUGAGAAGGGUCAGGUGGAUAUAUUCACUGUCCAAGCCAUUGACCUGGGAGAGCUAAAGAAAGUGCGAAUCCGGCAGGACAACUCUGGACCCAAUCCAGCCUGGUUUCUGGAAAGAAUUGAGAUUAUUGACACCAAGGAGGAAAGCACUUACUAUUUUCCAUGCCAGAGGUGGUUAGCUGUGGAAGAAGAUGACGGACAAAUUGCCAGAGAGCUGGUACCCGUGGCCGAGGCAUUUGUGAAGAAGGGUUCAGACAACGCAGGUGCACUUGCAACACUUGGCCUGGAACAGAAAGACAAAUCUACUACAUACACUGUGUCCGUGCAAACGGGGGACAAGAAACACGGCGGGACGGAUGCCAAUGUCUUCAUUGUUCUUUAUGGAACUAAAGAUGAUACAGGGACGAUCUUCUUGAAGGCCUCCAAGACAAACAAGAACAAAUUUGAGCGAAGGAAGAGGGAUGUAUUCACAGUGGAGUGUGUGGACCUUGGAGAUCUGAAGAAAAUCAAGAUCGGCCAUGAUGACUCAGGAAAUUCUCAGGGCUGGUUUCUGGAGUGGGUAGAAGUGGAUGCUCCAAGCCAGGGCUUGUGCCUGAAGUUUCCUUGUGGUCGUUGGCUGGACAGAUCAGAAGAUGACGGAGCUAUCGAAAGGGUCCUGUUUCCUGCAGAACUGCAAACAAGAACGUAUGUCCCAUUUGUGCCCUAUGAGAUCACUGUGUACACAAGUGACAUUUUCGGAGCUGGCACGGAUGCAGAUGUUUUUGUUGUUCUGUAUGGAGCGGAUGGGAUUUGCACGCAGCAGAAAUCCUUGUGCCAAAACAAGAGGGAGAGGAGGAUGUUCUUCGAAAGGCGUUCUGUCAAUCAGUUCAUCGUGGAGCUUGAGGACGUUGGAGACAUACUGGAAAAGAUUCGCAUCGGGCACGAUGGUUCAGGCAUCAAUUCUGGUUGGCAUCUUAAUCGAGUGGAGGUGCGCCGACUUUUGCCCAAUGGAAAGGGUUCUGAGAAAACUACCUUUCCAUGUGAGAAGUGGCUGGCCAAAUCGGAAGACGAUGGCGAGAUCAUGAGGGAGCUGGUUCCAUCCUGCGUGUUUACAGAAAAGCUCAUGAAGGACGGGACACUGAAGCAGAUCAACGAGGAGAUCGAUGACCCACUGGAAAUUCAUACAUACAAGAUUUCGGUUUUCACUGGUGAUGUUUACGGUGCUGGGACGGAUGCCAAUGUGUUCUUGAUCAUCUAUGGAGACCUGGGAGAUACUGGGGAGAGAAAGCUCAGCAAAUCUGAGACUAGCACCAACAAGUUUGAAAGAGGACAGGAAGACAUAUUCACAAUCCAAGCGGUGGAUCUCGGCACGCUCUACAAAAUCAAGAUCCGCCAUGACAACACCCUGCCAAGGCCGGACUGGUUCCUGGAGAAAGUGGAGAUCCUGAAUGACAAUACGGACGACCUGUACCUGUUCCAGUGCGAACGCUGGCUCUCGAGGAAGAAGGAGGACAACAUGAUCGAGCGGAUACUUUUUGAAAAAACCUACGAUCCUGACCAGAAAAGUGUUGAUGCCAAUGUGAAGAAUACCAAGACUGGCAGCUUGGAUGGAUCGCUUCCGGAAGGACCGUUAAUUCCUUACCACAUAAUAAUCACCACAGGCAGUGAGUUCGAUUCCAGCACAGACAGUCGAGUUUUCGUCAUCAUCUCAGGUCCUCAGAACUUGCAGACGGGUCGGCUGUGGCUGGACCUCCCGGAAGGAAAAGAUGAAUUUGCAGAUGCUUCUGUGGAGAAAUUCUCUGUUAUGGGAGUCGAUGUUGAAGAAGUCAAAAAAGUGGAGGUCGGCCAUGACGGGGCCACACCAGAAAGCUCCUGGCUCCUGGGAGAAAUCACCAUCAUCGUCCCCACCAAAGGAGUCAUGUACACCUUCGUCUGUAACUGCUGGCUGGCCCGAGAUAUGGGAGAUGGACUCACGGCACGCGUCUUCAACAUCCUGGAUGCCGACUGUGUCAAUAUUGGUCUGAAGAUUCUCUAUGACGUGACUGUUGUGACUGGAGAUCUCUCACACGCCGGUACUGAUGCUGGGAUCUUUAUAACACUCUUUGGAUCCAAUGGAUGCUCAGAAGAGAUACCGCUAGAAAAAAACGGAACCAGAUUUGAGAUUGGCCAAAGGGAUACUUUCAUCAUGGAGAUUCCCGACAUUGCUCCCCUUCGGAAGAUGAGGAUACGGUCCGAUGGGAGUGGUUGCCGCCCGGAUUGGUUUCUGGAACAGAUCAUCAUGAAGAACCGGACGACUCAGGAGGUGACCACGUUCACGUACGAUGACUGGCUCUCGAAGCAGUGGGGCGACAACCGCACCCUGGAGUGGGAGAUGCCGGCGGUUAUCGACGAGGAGCAGAUGAUGGAAUACACGACAUAUACCAUCCAGGUCAAGACGAGCGACAUUGGAGGGGCUGGAACAGAUGCCAACGUCUUCAUAAGCAUAUUUGGCGAGAGUGGGGACACCGGUAUUUUGGCUCUGAAGGAAUCCAACAGGACCAACAAGUUUGAGAGGAACCACCUGGAUGUCUUCUAUUUCUCUGAUGUGCUCAGUCUCGGGGACCUCUGCAAAGUGCGCAUCUGGCAUGACAACAAAGGAAUCGCCCCCGGCUGGCACCUGGAAUACAUUGAUGUGGAGGACUCCAUCAUGGACAAGAUGUUCCGCUUCCAGUGUGACCGCUGGCUGGCGAAGGAUGAGGAUGACGGGCAGCUCAUACGGGAACUGGCCUGCGCCAACAACGACAUCCUGGAACUGAAAGAGCGGACUUCUUAUGAGAUCAGUGUCACUACCAGUGAUAUGGAAGGUGCCGAGACCAAGGAAAAUGUCUUAAUUAUUUUUGAGGGGAAGAAGUGUUCCAAAGAGUUCCUACUGGAGAAUUCCUCCAAAAAUAGGAGGUUUUUAAGAGGAGCAACAGAUGUAUUCCAGUUUUCUUCCAAGAACGUUGGCGAUAUUGCAGCCAUCUGCAUUGGUCACUGUCCAAAAGAUGGAAAGAAACUGAGCUCAAAAGCAGAUGUCUCCUGGCAUGUUCAGGAGGUCGUGGUUACGGAGAUGGAACUUUGCAACAAGUAUUUCUUCAGAUGCAAUGCAAAACUCCCAUUGUGUGGAAGGAGGGGUGACCACAAAGUCUUUGAGUGUGCCAAGGUGAUCGAGAGCUUCGCCAGCAAGGCUCGGAGCCUGGUGCCAGUCAAAUUCGAGGUGAUUGUCGUGACAGGGUUUGAGAAGGGAUCCGGCACAGACGCCAACGUGUUCAUCACCAUCUUCGGAGUGAACGGGGAUUCGGGGAAGAGGGCUCUCAAGCAGAAGUUCCUCAACCUCUUUGAACGGGGUAAGACAAAUCGGUUUUACCUGGAAAUCCUUGAACUUGGGGAGCUGAAGAAAGUUCGGAUUGAGCAUGACGACACUGGAUUAUCUUCCGGAUGGCUGGUCGAGCGAGUGGAGAUCACCAAUUCAGCCACAGGUGUCACCACUAACUUCCCCUGUGCGAAGUGGCUUGACAGCAAUCGAGGCGAUGGCUUAACGUGGCGAGAACUGUUUCCGAGGAAUUGAUGGCCCCUGACUUGCUCAUGACUUCUUCUACCUGGGCCAGCAGUGGGAUCUCCAGUCCGGACUUCUAUUUGCUUCCUUCCCCAACCCAAAUUAAAGUUCAAAACAUACCAGUUUGGUAUAUUAAUGUAAACCAACCCACUUUUUUCAUUCAACGGUAGUUUGAUACAGAAUUUUGACAUUGUAAUAUUUCACCCAACAAAGAAAACUCUUCAUUCCAUUCAAAACUUUUUCUCAUCUUCCACUUUUCCUGUAAAAUUUCCCCAGGCAACCCACAAAAAACUUUACAUUCACUUCACUUGUUUUACAGAAGGUUAAAUGAGAGAGGCUCAAUAUUUCAACACAAGUGCUGAGAAUAUUUGGUAGAUUUCAAUGUUUUAAACAAUAAAUAUAAUUUAAUUUACCAUUUUAUAAAAAUAUAUGUAUGCUUUAAAAAAAACUGAUGUGAAAAAUAAGUGCUUUUUCUUGAUUAAAUAUAUUUCCAAUGAGUUCUAUGGGGCCAUUUUAACUUUGCCAGAAAUGUGUGCUAGGACUUAAACACUAUUAAAGUUGUCUUUCCAAAA